CGGACGCAAACAAAAUGGCGGCGCCCAGUCUGGCCGGCCGGGAGGGCGGCGGAGGGGUUGUGCAAGCGCGGGGCGAGUAGGAAACGGGGCACAGCCAAGCCAAGGGGGAGGUCGGCGGUUGACCCUAGCCCCCUUCCCCACAACCGGCCUCAUGGCCCACGGGGAGCUGGACGAGGAGACCCUCAACGACCUCUACAGCUGGGUGGACGCCAUCCCGCUCUCCCGCCCCAAGAGGAACAUCGCCCGCGACUUCAGUGAUGGAGUUCUGGUGGCUGAAGUGGUGAAGUUUUACUUUCCAAAAAUGGUGGAAAUGCACAAUUAUGCACCAGCUAAUUCUACUCAGCAGAAGCUCUCCAACUGGGGGCACCUCAACAGGAGAGUGCUGAGCAAACUGAACUUCUCUAUCCCAGAAGACAUUGUCCGGAAGAUUGCCCAGUGCACUCCUGGGGUGGUGGAGCUGGUCUUGAUUCCUUUGCGGCAGAAAAUUGAGGAGAAGCAAAAGCAGGCUAAGAUGUCCUCAAACUCCUAUCAGGAGCUGGGAUUGCGCUCAACCCUGGAAGAGAGCAACUACUUGGAUACAGUCCAUACUUCCAAGUCCAAACCCAACAGCACCGGGACGAAUAACCAGGAACCCCUUGGAUCCGAAAGGGGGGUGAAGGGACAGCCAGGCUACAUGAUGCCUCUCCAGACGGAUGCCAAUCUGCGCCUCCACUUGGCUGAACGGGAGCAAGCUCUACUGGUAUCCCAAGAGACGAUUCAGAUCCUCCAGAUGAAAAUUCGCAGGCUGGAACACCUCCUGCACCUGAAGAACGUGCGGAUUGAUGACCUCUCUCGGCGCCUUCAGCAGGCAGAGCAGAAGAAAAAAUGAAUGGGUCUAACUCAGGUCUCUCCCAGUUUUGAAUCCCUAGCCCAGACGACGAUGCCAAAAUGGCCAGGCCUUUUCCUCCUCCAGGCAGCUCUCUCUUCCCCUGCAGGCAGAUGCCUCCAAGCUCUGGGGUGGGGCCCCCGAGAUGUUGAAACCAAGACUGGUAAGGGAUCCUCAUUUUAAAGAAUAAGCCAUAUAUCUCUCAAGUUUAGCUAAAGCCCCAGUUCUGACACAGGGAGAAAAAAAAUUCGACCUGGUUGAAUUCUACACCCGAGGCUGAUAUCCAGGAGAGACCUGAAGCCGGCCCCAGGAGGAGGAGGAGCCCUGGUGCUCCAGGCCCCCUGGACCAAAUCAGGCAGAUGCCCCGUCUGUGCAUGGUCUCCCCAGAGCAGACCCCCUCAGGAGAAAUUGCUCCAGUGGGAGUUGUUUCUUUUUUCCUGGGUGGUCCUUGGUGGUCCGUGGGCCUAGGGAGUGUGAGCGAAAAAAACACUCCUCGUAGUUUUCGUCCAACUUAGGCAAGGCAUAGCAUCUGUUUAAGGCUCAGCCGUUGGCAGGUGCCAUCUCUGCUGGGUUGGAAGGCUGGAAAGCAAGUCUGUCCUCUUGGACCAUGGCCAAUCCUGUCUUCCAAGGAGCAAGGCUGGUUUCUGUGUUGGACACCUGUGAUGGGCCCGGUAGGGGUACUCCUGGGAAGAGCCUCCCUAGAUGUGUGUCUCUUUGGAGCAACGGGGCAACCUGGUUCCAGUCUCCUCUUUCUGUAGCUUGGAGAAGGGUUCUGAGUGUGCUUGCACCCAGUGACUGCAGACAUGGAGCUCCCUUUGACUUAGGGGCUGCGUUGGAUCUUGCAUUAUGGUGGGGGUGGGGGUGGGAGAGGCACACUUCCACAAACGGGAGAGCGGCCCGUUACCCGUAUGCUCGUGGGAGUUUCAUGAGCUGUACAGAGGUGUUGGGAGGUUGAGCAGCAUUUAUCCUAGGUGUUUCUGCAUCUGGACAGAUCCACCCCACAGCAGCGUCCAUUAGUGGUGACAGCUCUUUGGAGACCUACGGGCCAAAGUGGACUUUGGCCUGUUGGCCAACGUAAGCCAAGCUAGCACAGCUGCUCUUACCUGGUAUGGCUCGGUUGCAGUGGCCCUCCAAGGCCUGGGUUUGAAAUAACAGUCCUGCUUUUUUGCUUGAGAAGAACAUUCAAACAAUUCCUUAUCUUAACAAAGAGAAGUCUUUGUUGUUAACUUUGGAGGAAUUAUUCCUAGUCCUUCUGACUGGUGCUCUUGGAGCAUUACAGGCCCUGCUUGGAUCCUGCGAUCCCGACUCUCCUGUCUCUGAAUACUGUACAGUAUGUCAGUGACCAUCUUACUGGGAUGGAGGAGAAUUCGGCACUUUCUGUGUAACUGUCAUCCCUCGACCUCUGGCUUUUCUGCUGUGGAUGGUGCAGGUGGGGGAAGAGAUUGCUUUCCUCAGGGCACAGCUCGCAAGCUUCUGUGGGGAAAUCUGUGACACUGGGGCAGAACACAUUUGAGAGUGCUCUGUGGAUGCCCCCCCCAACCCCCGUUCUGUCGUCUAGCUGAGGGUGCUCAUUGGAAGCCAAUAUGUAAUUCCUUUGUUCCUCCUCCAUCCUUUAAAAUCAGGACCAGGUUUAGAGAAAAAGAGUUUAUCUUGAGUUUGGAGAAAAUCAGCUGGGAUUUAUCAUCAAGUUUUUUUUCUAAUUUUUUGGUGGGGGGAGGGUAUGAGAUUUCAGCAUGUGCAGGGAUAUAAAAAGUAGUGGAGGAAUAGAUUUUUUUGUCUUUUCAUUGCAAAGAGAGGCAAACUUUGCUGAAAUUUUGAAUUGUCACUUGUAGUAGAAUUAGCCGAGCUGUAAUGAUCUCUGGUGGCUUGCUAGAUGCAGCUAGAUUGGCUUCCAGGGUAUACCUCUGUGUAAUAUUUCUAUAGAGUCUUUUAUACUCUGCCUUAGAGAUUACAGUUCCUGUCCUGCAGACCCGUGUAGACAUUUUUUAUUGCAAGCCCCACUUUUGUGCCUUUACAGACAAUAUAGGGAGUUCAUACAAAGUUUGGCGUGAGCUUUGUUGUGGAAGAUUCUGAAGUUGCCAGGUGGAUAGUUAAUGUGACUGACUCCUAUGUGGCUUAACCCUCUGUCUGUUUGAUGUGGAUCUCAGGAUUUUCUGUGAGCCCUUUCCAAGUGGCCUUGCAGCUGCAUUGUGGGAGUGUAAGCCCGACUCAAACCCGACUUCCCUGGCUCUUUAGAAGGUGGCUGGGAGGGGACCCUUUCCCUAGUCCUUGAGCAGAGGCAUCUAGGGCCAUUUAAAAAUGAGGUGAAGUUGACAUGUACUCAUGGUGCUUUUGGGGUGCUCUAAAUGCUCUGAGCUCUGACGUAUAGCCUACCACCCCAGGGGCUGCCGAUGGUGGCUCUCCAAGGCUGCUACUGCAUUCCUGUAAGCAAACAUAACAUACAGGACUGGUGACAAAAGAGAUGUGGCCAAUCACGGGCCAUCCCAUGAGAGAGAGAGAGAGAGAGAGAGAGAGAGAGCGAGUGCAGCUGCUCCCACAUCUGCUCAAAACCAUCAUUCAUCCUGACCGAGAGCCAUCUUUCAGUGGUGUUUCAGGAUGUGUCACCUAGGACCUGGCCACGUGUUAGAGCAAGCUUGAGACACAGGGGGAAAUGAGCCCGCGUUUCCCCUCUUGCUGGCUUCUGCAAAUGCAAAAAUGAUUGCAUGGAUGAGUGGAUCCCUUCCGUUGGAGCCGUCGUGCCAACGGGUUGCUCUUAAUCAAUCUCUUUUCAGUUCUGGUGAUGCUAAUGGUGCAUUUGGGUAAUGCUGGGUCUUGGUGUAAGCAGAGCCGAGCACAGGUUCCCGUGGGAUCUUGUGGCUUCAUUGUUGUCGGGCUAUUUAGUGCUUAGUUCAGCAUUCGAGAUUUUGUUCCUCUUUCCUCUCUUUUCUCUGUCUCACCCUUGCGGUGAGAACCCCAAAAUAUUGUUUUGCUUUUUUUUUUUUUGGUAAAAUAAAUAGCAAGACCUUUGCUGGUCAUCAUGUCUACUCAAAUCAUCCUUUCCAAACUAACUGGAGUGUUUUGGGAGUUGUGCUCCAGAUGUAAGUUUUCCCGGCCUUACAGUAUGUUUGCUUUUCCCACUCUAAAUUGUAGUGUACAUUUACCGAUUGUGCAACAAGGCAAUGUCUUUUCUAGCACUCUGAGUAACGCUGAUGAGGUUCUCUCUCUCUUUUUGGUAUGGAACUGCACAUCAUAAAAAUGAAAGAUAUUAAGAAAGAGUUUGUGCGUGCUUGUUUUUUUAAAAAAAUAGAAAUACCCACUCCCAUCAGUUUCUCUCCCUCCUCUUUGCCUCCAGAGUCUCUGCCUCUAGGAAACCAGCUGGAAGACAUUUCAGGCAGACCGAAGUUGCUCUGAGGAGACCAACAUUGUGUCCCCCCAGCAGCUACUGUCACAUUGCAGAUGAGAGAGCCAAGUCAGGCUUGGCACUUGUGAAGAAGGGGCAACUUUCUGCCUAUCAAACUUGUUAUAAAAUAGAAGCAGCUCCAUGCAGCACCUCUCCUCAGGCCAUGGACCUUGGAGGACUGGGCCCAUGACCCCCUACUUAUGCAAAAAAAAUCUUAAUUCUUGUAGUGUCACUGGGGGCAGGGCACAAAAAUUACAUUAAUUUGGCUGUUGACUGCUCAAAACACAUCAAAUUUCCCCCUUAGAGGGCACCAGGGCACUUUUUGCACCAAAAAUGUUCUUCCUAGGUACCAGAAUUCUUUUCAAUAGACCGGUGGCGGUUCUGAAGGGUUGUCUGCAGGGCUCCGGUGGUCGCUUGUAGGCUCUCUGUUGCUUGCCCCUUGUCCAGUCAAUGAGUUUGAUGGGUGUAGGUCUGAUGCACUGUAACGAUUCUCCCUCCAUCUCUCACGCUCACCGCUGAGAACUAAGAGGUCUUUUGUCCAAUUAAAUCGGCCACACCUGCUAUGCUCUUGAGAUCCUCUGAUCCAGAUUGGGGGGAGGAUGGGGCAUUUGGGAGGUCUUGGUGUCGCUCAUCCCCUGUUCUUUGGCACACCUGUCCCAGAAACAACAGGCUGGUUGCAAUACCGCCUUCAGAGUUUUCCAUCCUGUUGCACAAUUCAAGGAGAUGUUCCUUGCGGAGGGCAGGACUGAUGUUUGACAGUUGUAUCAGGUUGGUAGCAAAGAGAUCCUCUCUGCAAUCAUUUGGGGCAGAAUCCAGACCUCCAUUGCUUGCCUUCCAGUUUGGAGUUUGGGUGGAAGAGUGUGGGAUUGGGAAUCCACAGGGGCCAAGUAACUCGAAAAGCAGAUUCUUUGGUAGAGAUCCUUCAGCGGUAGCAUCCUGCACAGGUGAGAUGAAGACACGGAAUAUGCAGGAGCUUGUACACCAGCCGCUCCCAAGCUGACAUCCUCCAGUUGUGGGUGGGUCACUGUUCCAUCAUCUCCACCUUGUGUGCCUGGCUGUGAGGGACUGGGGUUGAUGGGACCUGCACUCUUGACACGUUUGAUAGAUGGAAGGUUUGGGAAGACUGACGCAGAGCGGGUGCAUGGGUUGUGCAGUUGAUGUUCUCCAGCAAAGUUGGGCCCUCUUUGGAUGGUUUGUCUGCGAUGACCGGCGCAGUAAGAGAACCAAAUAAGAAAGGACCCUCCCCUCGCUCUCUUUUCCUUUGGGGAAGAUAUAAAGAGUGGAAUUCCGUUAAUUCCUGUGUUUGUAGUGCAUGCUUUCAGCUCACUGCUUGAACUUUCUCUCCCUGACCCAAUGGAAUUGUUCCCGUUUCUGAAUCACGCAAUGCAUGCCCGUUCGUCCGUUCCUGGGGCCAAACUUGAGAGAAUUUCCCUCAAGGUCAAGUUCCCACCCCCUGGAGCCCAAGACCACGUGAGGCUUCAAGUCCCCCGGAAAGAGAAGUAUGACUCAGAGGGUGACCCGUUAACCAAUGCCUGUAAGCACACACAGGUCUUGAAGGGGCUCAAGAGACCAUGAUGAUGGAGGAAGAAGCAGGUCAUGGGGUCAGGAGUGGGGGGGGGAAUAACAUUUUGUAGUUAUUUAAAGGGCAAAGUCCGGCCCCCUUUCCAGAUGUGGUGAGGCCGGUUCCCAUAACCUCCAGCAUAGCAGAGCCGGCUGGGGAUUCUGGGACCUGGAGUUGAGGAUUCCAACCGGGGGAAGGCUUGCCAGGCUGUUCUCAAGCCCAACAAGGAAAUCCUGGAUGAGCGGAAAAAAUGAAAGUCUGCCUCGUCGGCCAGGAAAACAAGGUGACAGGGAGCAGCAGAUCACACAGACUAGUUAUCGGCUUUCCGUGCUGUUCACUGUUGACUUGGGAAGGGGGAAAAAAUCUUGUCUCUCUCCCUCUCAAAUGUAAAGAAAGCCUGAGCAUUCACAACGACAACAACAAAAAACUAGAUUUGAUGGCAUACAUCAUCUCUAGAGACUUGGUGGGUCACUGACCCGCACUUGGUUUUCUUCCAUUCCUGUCCUUCGGGGGAUGGAGGAAAUCAGCCCCGCGUUUGUGUAACCCUCCCCUCCCCCCUGCAGCACUUGGGAUUUAGAAGGCUGGAAAGACAGUGGCCAUUGAACUCAACUUCUCUGUAGAGUCUGGGGAGCGAGUCUUCUGGGUUUCAUUAACAGAAACCACACCUUUUGGUCCAUUAUGUUCCUAUUCCAUUUUCCCACUCCUCAGUCUUCUUGACCCAUAAUUGAGGCACUGGUUUAGCAUUUGUUAAGUAUUUGUUGUUCCAAAAUUAUCUCAGUAACAUAUUCUCCGCUUCUCUGUAUUUUCAUUCUCUGAUACUUGACAAUCAAGGUGUGUACAUUUUUAAAUUUAUUCCAAAGUAAAAGAUUUCCCCCCAACACAUGUUCUCUCUCUCUCUCUUUUUGCCCCUGGGAAUAGAACCAUAUCUAUUUUUGGUAAGCCAAAUGCUGCUGGCAAUUACGUGCAUUUUUGACCUAAUUAAUUGAAUGGCUGCAAUUGGUGUC